CCAGUACUAUGCUGACUAUUGCUUUAUUAGUAAUACUAGGUGCAAUAGGGACGCUAAAAAUAAAAGAAUACAACCAGCAAAACAAUGCAACUCUGGAAUCACAUUUAAUGUAUCAGACCAUUAUCCCUUUAAAUAGAUUAGAACAUAUUCGGUCGCUUUUUAUAAUACAGGCACUCUGGUUCUGGAUGGGAUUAACCUAUAAUACGACUACACAUGUCGUGUUUAUAACUAUUCUGACAUAUGCGGCUGCUCAACUUGAAAUUUUACAAAUUAGGAUCCGAAAUUAUGUUGGUCCAGAGUUCAGUGAAAAAUCUGGUGAAGAGGAAAUACAAGAAAAGAUCCAGGAUUUAAAGAAACUUAUUUUAGAUCAUAAGUAUAUUAUAGGUUAUAUUGAACAUUUUAAUAGCUCGGCCAAAUAUAUAAUAUUAAUGGAAUUUGUUCUAAGUUCAUUAGAUUUGGCAUCAGCAUCUGCAUCCUUAAUAAAGAUGAACAGCUCAGAAAUGGGAUGGUUGUUAUUAUUUGCGACGCUUUUGUCUUUGCAAAUUUUCCUUCUAGGGUGGACAUGUAAUGAAAUCGUCAUUCAGAGCAUGGCUAUCGGAAGUGCUAUGUACGAAAGCAAGUGGUAUCUGUUGAAUAAAGAGGCCAAGCAAUUAAGCCAAAUUGUCAUUGCUAGGGCUCAAAAGCCCAUAAGAAUGACUAUUGGACCAUUUGGGCCUAUGACAAAUGAAUCAGCUGUUAUGGUUAUAAAAGCGGCCUAUUCCUACAUUAGUCUCAUAAGAAGAUAA